AUGGCACAAUUGUCCACAAUGCCAUUACUCCAAUGCAAUGCAACUGUUAUCGAAUGGAAUAAAAUACCAAAUAGUGCACAAUUUCGAAAUGGUCUCAUUGAUGGCCAAUAUUGUGCAUACAAUCCAGAGGGAAUAAGAGAUGCUUGCCACGGAGAUAGUGGAGGGCCACUUCAGUAUUUCAACGGAGUCAGCUCGGUUGCAAAGAUUGUAGGCGUCGUGUCAUUUGGGAUUGUCUGUGGUGGUACAACUUUACCAGGAAUUUAUACAAGAGUGGCUAAUUAUUUGGAUUGGAUUGAACCGAUCGUAUGGCCAAAUCAACCUCAACAUGAUCAUCGCGCUACAUGGUUAGUGGGAGUGGACGACGAUGAAGAGAUCUGUGCCAGACGAAUACUCUCCUAA